AUUUGCUUGCGGUUUUCAAAAUUUUGAAUAAUACUUUUGGCACAAAAUUAACUCCACAGUAACACCUGUUAUGCUGAAUCGACCAAUCAGAGAGCGCUAUCCAGCGCGAUUACAUUUAACUUUAUUUACGUUCGAAAUUCACUUACUUCUUGUGAAUCAAUUUCACGGAAGCAAAUUAGAUGAUGGCGCAUCACAAAAUGUAUUUCUCGUGCGGAUUCCUUUGCUGUUGGACCAAGAAAAAGCAGCGUGACAUCGCCGCUACUGAAGGAGCCGUGGACGAUCGAGUGACCAAGGAGAAGCCCCAGAAGAAGAGGAUCAAGUUUGGACGGAAGUUUCCAUGGUUGAAACUCGUGAAGUCGAGAGCACAGGAGAGCUCAGACGACGAUGGACAUGUGUCAGUUGACUGCAGGGACUCUGGGGACAGCGACACCCUCACGAGCAGCCAGAGUCCCAGCCUUGUCACUGUGGACUCAGAGUCACUAACAUCUGGAACCUCCCCUACUGGAAGCGAUGUAGAGGAGCAGCAGUCCCCUCCAGGGGUGACACGUGACAUUCCACCUAAUGAGGGACCUUCCCAGUCCCUGAGAAGGAUCCCCAAGUGGCAGAUUCUCCUCUGCAUGGCGGACAGGGGUGAUGCAGGGGAUGGAGAGCACCAGCGGCUGGUCUGCCUCGGGCUACCAAACCUGGGACAGACCUGCUACAUGAAUGCCACCUUGCAGUGUUUCUUCCACCUGCCAACAUUCUGCAAGGACGUCAGGAGGCAGGAAGAACACUGGGGUUUGGUCCCCUAUGCCGACCUGAUCAGAUAUUUCUCUGAUCUUCUGUCUGCAAGAUGUGGUUCAAGGUCAAGGCAGAAGAAGACUUUGCUGAGAAACCUGAUUCAUACGGUUUCUGACCAGUUUGCUGAAGAUGAGCAGAAUGAUGCUCAUGAAUUCUUCAGCUGCCUGAUGUCCCAGCUAAACGAGCUGGGAACGCUAAUUCAGGCCUGGGAUGGAGCAGCAAUGUACGCCUGUCCUGUGGAAGGAAACCUGUCAUUCCAGAUGCUGUGCCAGAGGACGUGUACCAGCUGUGGAGCACAAUCAUCCAGGAUGGAAGAAUUUACCAGUCUCUCCCUGGACGUCCUCCCACAUCUGUCAGUGGAAGAUCUGCUGAAGAUCUACUUCAAGGAUUGUGAGGUAGAGUUCAGAUGUGCCACCUGCAGGGGGAGCCAUGCUGUCCUGUCAUGGGCAUUUAUUACACUGCCUCGUGUACUGGUCCUGCACAUGAAGAGAUUCAGCUUCACGCCACAGUUUGAACUGGUCAAAGUGCAGGACCCAGUUCUCCUCCGCAGGGAGAUCUCCCUGCUCCCCCACUUCAGGGAGAUCUCCCAGCUGACAGGGACACCUCAGGCAGCACAGCUCCCAGAAGCUCACGGGACGGAGAGCCAGACCACAGAGGAGGCACAAAUGCCAGCUGAAGAACAACCCGGUGAUGCCUCACGGAUGCUAAUUGAAGAUGCAGAACGAGAUGAUGCUUUGGAGGGAGAGAGUGACACCGUCUGCGAGAACCUGCAUACAGUGGACUCGCUGCCCCCUGCAGAAACUGGACCAGAGACAGAGCAGCAAACAUCUGCACUGCUGAGGGAGGAGACGGCGGUUUCCGAGACGUCGGAAGGGCAGCCAGCCGGACACCAGUACCAGCUUGUUGGUAUUCUCAGCCACCUUGGCUCCAGGGCCACCUCUGGUCACUACGUCAGCGACACCUUCAGCGUGGAAGAGAUGGGCUGGCUGUCUUUCAGCGACCACGUAGUGACCAGGUCAGAGGAGGAGCAGGUGCUGAGGAAGAGGGAGAGCAGCGCGUACAUGCUGUUCUAUACCCAGCAGGAGUCCUUACACUGAAGACCACUGAUGCCUCCAUACUGGGGACCAUGUCUUAAAAAGUACGGACAUAGAGGAGAACAUGGAAGAGGACCGGAAGGACACGGAAGAGGACCGGAAGCACACGGAACAGGACCGGAAGGACACGGAACAGGACCGGAAGAACACGGAACAGGACCGGAAGGACACGGAAGAGGACCAGAAGCACACGUUUAUAUGACCCUGCGUCAUGGUUUCAGCUUAGAGGACUGUUUGCCCAAAUCAACUUCGAGCUGCCAACCUGAGGGAAGUUGCCAGACUUAGAGCUGCCAGACAGCAAAACCAACCUGAAUGGCAGCAAGUCCCGUCAGCCAUGUUCCUGCAUCUAAUGGACAGCCUCCUCCGAUGAGUACUGGCUGUCAUAGCAGCAAUGGGCAGACCGCCUUCUUAUAAAUGUCCUUGGGUUUUCAAUUAGAUCUUGCACGAGCAGGGUUGGGGUUCCUUUAAAGGUUAGGGUUACUCUCAGGGUUAACUCUAACCCUAAUAUUAACCGUAAAUCUUGUAAAUCUUAUCCUAGCUGUAACCCAAAACACUAAAAUCCAACACUACCGUAGCUAAUGCAAGCUUUAUUCAUGGCAUAAAGGUUAAAAUGCCCGGUAAUUUCCUGUCACAACAGCACAAAUGCACGUAAAAUAAGUACACGAUUACACUAGUAUGACGAGAAAUUGCCAUCUCGCCCUCAGCUAGGCGAAUGAUGUCCCUCUCUGAUUUUGCAGAUUCUGCGCACGUCUGUACAUUGCCGUGAUACCCUUGAGAGAAGUACUAAAUAGCUUUAGUAAAGAUUCACAAUAAUUGUGCGCAAAUCAAAUUUGACAAUAUAGUUGCAGACAGAAGGUUUCCCUAGAUACAUAUGAGAUAAGCAAGACACAUAUGAAAUGCACUUGUUUUUGUCCAUUUUUAUCAUUAUACUCCAAUACAGACAUGUCUGUCAUAAAAUCUAAAUGAAAUAAUUGGCUUAAUUUGAUUGUGAAAGCACAAACAUCUCUUGCUGCCUUUUUAAUUAGCCAACAUACCAUCUUGAAAAUGUUUCAAUACAAUUAUCCUGCAUGACUGCCAAAUUACCACUAGGUGACACUAAAGACUGCUGGGUGAUCUACACUUGCAUUCAUACUGACAGGUUUACUGUACUAUACUCAUGUAUGCAAUGGUGUCAUGUACAUUUACAUGGAAAAUUAUAUUUAAAAUAUCAAAAUAAUAAUAUUGCAACAGUUCCUUUAUGUGGCUCAGUGGGUAACACAGAAUCUAUGUGUGUGUGGAGCGCUUGUUCUCUUUGUGAUGUGUGGCUUGUCUCUGGGCACACGUAGUUCCCAUAGUAUGCAUGCGGGUGCCCUGCCAUACCUGGAACAGGUGCGCUGGGAGCAAAAAUGCGGACUGUCUGGGGUUCCCCAAGGACUGGGUUCAGAAACACUGCCCAUUGCUGUCUGGAAUAGGGACAGUGCCCUUCAAGGUCUUAACUAGCAUUAGCAGCUGGAAAGUGUAUGUAACAAAUUGAAUAUUAUGUGUUACGUAAUAUGCGCAGUUUUAAAAAAAUGUUUAUACUUAAAAAAAUCCAUCCAUCAACCCAUCUUCCAAGUACUUAUCCAGUGCAGGGUUACAAAGGGGGGAGCUGGAACCCAUUCUAAAUAGAGAAAAGUACAAGGCAAGGGUAACUCCCCAGGCGGGACGUUGGUACUGACAUAAUAAAUGAAAAAGCAGGCUUAUGCUCUUUGUCACCAUUAAGAAUGCAUUACCGGCAGUGAAAAGCCAUUCUGCUUUUAGGAAAACAGUUGUUUUCCUUGUUCUUCCUGGGCAGAAUAUUACAUUAAAUGUUUCAUUACAGUCCAUCCCUGCUACCCCGACCAGGAUAAGCGCUUGCAAGACGGAUGAAUACAGCUGCCAGCUCGUGAGGAUUCACUUGAGUUAGUUAGAGCUUUUCACUUUCAGCUCAGAUUGGCUUUGUCACGCCACUCAUUGGCCAGCUUGACCCUCUGGCUGCAUCCUGACCCCUCCCUUCCCAUAAUGCCGUGCCAGGUGUGGCGGGGAGCCAGCAGCUCCUGUAGCUACCCCUCGUCGGGCAACUUAGCAGGUUAGGUUUAGUAAAAAGUGAAUCACCGCUUUGUGACAAUAUGCGUAGUUAUUACAGAAAGGCACUGGUUACCCUCUGAUGCAGAUCGCUGACUGCAGGCAGGAUAGAAUCUUCCAGAAAGAGAUGCACUGCAAAGGUAGUUUUCCCCCAAGAAUACCUACUUCAACUAAAAAAAAUCACUGCAGCUAUUUAAUGGUUGGGAUUCUGAGGUCAUCAUUUUUUACUACUGUUAGGGAAAAUAGUAUAUUUUAUAUUAUUGUUAAUUUGUGAUCAUGGAUGUGAAAGUGAAGUAUGAAGGUAUUAUUGUGAUAAUUUCAGAAUAAAUGCCAGUGACUGCAGUGGGAACUUUAAAAUUAGAGAAAUAAUUCAUUCGCACUUCAAAAAAUAGCUUUGCAUUGCACAUCACUUCUUUCUGUAGCAUUUCUGAUUACAUCAGUUUACAAACUUAUAACAGUAAAUAUAAAAACAAUUAUUACGCAGAUUGGAAGAGAUUACUACAGCUCUUCCAUUUUUGAAAGGGAGUAGUGAUGUUUAAUUUGUUUCCAGCAAAGCUCUACUAAACUGCUAAAAAAAAAAAACAAGCAUACUAAUAUCAUAAAUAUGAACAAGAAAAACAUGCGGUUUCUUUUUCAGCUUUUUUUUUUUUUAUUGUAUAUCCAAAAAACAUAUUUGGAAAACAUAUCUGUAACAGAGGUAACCAUAGCAUUUAAACAUUAUUCUGAAUAAAAUAGGGAGGGACAGACAGAGAAGUCAUCAAAAAAGUCUAGGCGUGACGGCAGCUCUGAAUAGAAGAGCUAUUUUUGGGUGGUUUGAAAAAGCAGGACGAGCCCUGCCUUCACUGUCCUCAGUCAGCACCGCUAACGGUGGCGGAAAAGGUGGGGAGGUCCUGGCAGGUGGCAAAGAGGAGCCGGCGUGUGCCGACAGCAGCCGGACACCCCCUUCCAUGACACCCCCUCCCCCUCCUCGUGCUUCCCUCUGACCAGUGGUGGUCAAAUUCUUAGCAAAAUCAUUCCAGAAUAGCAGAAGUCUCAGUUAAAAUUAGGGACAUUAAGACAGGAUAAGUUAAGUAGGUUAACAAACAACAAUGAAAAAACUAUCUAAGCACUUGGCUAUUUAGCUGAGAAUCAAACAGGAGUUACUGCUUUAGAAGGGAAAUCGCUGCAUGACCUAAUGACAAGCAAGUCAAGUAUGAAACUUGCAAUUUAUUUUUUGUAAAGCUCAUUAUGUAUGAAUGUUAAGGAGUAGUUUUCACAAAUUUUUAAAUGGUUUAUUUUGUUGAUGGAAUGGAAAAUAGACUGAUGCAAUGUGAAUAUAUUAAACACUUUAAAUAAA